CUCUUCCAAUCAGGCGAUGCUCUGUCGGGUUUUGGGGGGCUAUGGGGGGGUUUGGGGGUCCCUGCCCCCCCGCCCCCCAUCCCGCGCCGCCAGCGACCAAACCCCCCCGGACCUCCUGGCGCGCGAACGCUCCAAAGCCGUCACCUCCUUCUACCACCAACCCGCCAUCGACGCCGCCGCCGAGAAGCCUUCGGUGCGCCUGACCCCCACCACCAUGCUGUACUCGGGGCGCUCGCAGGACGGGAGCCACAUCCUGAAGAGCGCGCGGUACCUGCAGCAGGAGCUGCCCGUGCGCAUCGCCCAUCGCAUCAAAGGCUUCCGCAGUCUCCCCUUCAUCAUCGGCUGCAACCCCACCAUCCUGCACGUGCACGAGCUCUACAUCCGCGCCUUCCAGAAGCUCAGCGACUUCCCGCCGCUCCAGGCUCGGGCGGACGAGACGCGGUUCUGUUCGCUGCUGCGCCAACUCCUGGACGACCACAAGGACGUGGUGACGCUCUUGGCCGAGGGGCUGCGCGAGUGCCGGCGGCACAUCCCGGACGAGCGGCAGCUCCGGCCCUUCCUGGACAAGACGCUGACGUCGCGGCUGGGGAUGCGGAUGUUGGCAGCGCAUCACCUGGCGCUGCACGAGGACAAGCCGGAUUUCGUCGGCAUCAUCUGCACCCGCCUCUCCCCAAAGAAGCUGAUCGAGAAGUGGGUCGACUUCGCCCGGCGCCUGUGCGAGCACCAGUACGGGAACGCGCCGCGCGUCCGCAUCAACGGCCACGUCGCCGCCCGCUUCCCCUUCAUCCCACUGCCCCUCGACUACGUCCUGCCCGAGCUGCUCAAGAACGCCAUGCGGGCGACGAUGGAGUCCCACCUGGACACCCCUUACAACGUCCCCGACAUCGUGGUCACCAUCGCCAACAACGACAUCGACCUCGUCAUCCGGAUUUCGGAUCGCGGUGGUGGAAUUCCUCACGACCUUUUGGACAAAGUGACCGAAUACCACUUCAGCACAGCCGAGGAGAGCGCGCAGGACCCGCGGCUCGGGGGGCCCUUCCGGAACCUUCUGGACCUCAGCAACAGCGGCCAAGCGGGACCCAUGCACGGGUUCGGCUUUGGCCUCCCGACGUCGCGGGCCUACGCCGAGUACCUGGGGGGGUCGCUGUGCCUGCAGUCCCUCCAGGGCGUGGGCACCGAUGUCUACCUGCGCCUCCGGCACAUCGACGGCAAAGCCGAGAGCUUCCGCAUCUGACGGCACCUCCCGAGGCCACCACCGAGCUCUGGAGACCACCACCGGGGACCCACGGAGCCCGAGGAGAGCCCCGAGGACCUUCUCACCUUGGAUGUUCUUCAUGGUGGAGGACCUGGAGAACCUUCUCACCUCAAAUGUG